AUGCGCUUCUUCAUCACCUUCCUUUCUGCACUCCUUGUGCUUUUCGCACCUUUCGCCGCUGCCGAAGACGUCGUCUACUCGACUUCCACACACACACAGACAGUGACCAUGACCAUCAUCCACUCUGUCUCUGCGCCUACUCCCAGCAUGAAGCCCCCGGUCAGCGCCAACAGCACUGCUCCCUACCCAUCUUCCAUGAUGACCAAGACCUGGGGCACCGGCACCGGCACCGGCAGCAUUCCUACCCCCACCGCCAGCAACCCUGCGCCUGAGCCUACCUUCAACGCUGCUCCGGCAAUGGUCGCCAGCUACGGCUCUGCUCUCCUCGCUGGCUCUAUCGCCCUUCUGGUUGGCGCUGCUCUAUAG